AGUGUGCGCCCCGGAAGCCGGAAGCGACUGACGGCAGCUUUCCGGUGGUGGGAAAGGGAACGAAUCCCGAAUUAAAGAGGCUCAUUCUGAGGCAGGUGGGGUGCGAGUGGAAGAGGGACGGCAAGAGACUGUUUACGGCCUGACUUGGGAGGCCGGCGGGUCAGCAAUUGCAGAAGCAGGAAGCAGCGGAGAGGGAAUGGUGCGGGGAGGCGCGGAGAAGGAGGUGCAGUCCAUCCCUCUCACGGUUAGUGAAUGAGGCUCUCCGCCCGGGCCGGCCCGGGGACAGUGCGCUGCGGGUCCCAGCAUGAAUGCGGGCCCCGACUGUGAACCCUGCACCAAGCGACCCCGCUGGGGCGCCGCUCCAACUUCGCCGGCUGCUUCAGACGCCCGGAGCUUUCCCAACAGGCAGAGGCGCGUCCUCGACCCCAGGGACGCUCACGUGCAGUUCAGGGUCCCACCGUCCUCGCCAGCCUGCGUCCCAGGGCGGGCGGGACAGCACAGAGGCAGCGCCACCUCGCUUGUUUUCAAACAAAAGACUAUUACCAGUUGGAUGGACACUAAAGGAAUCAAGACAGCGGAAUCAGAAAGUUUGGAUAGUAAAGAAAACAACAAUACAAGAAUAGAAUCCAUGAUGAGUUCUGUACAAAAAGAUAACUUUUACCAACAUAAUGUAGAAAAAUUAGAAAAUGUUUCUCAGCUAAGUCUUGAUAAGUCACCCACUGAAAAAAGUACACAGUAUUUGAACCAGCAUCAGACUGCAGCAAUGUGUAAGUGGCAAAAUGAAGGGAAACACGUGGAGCAGCUUUUGGAAAGUGAACCUCAGACAGUAACCCUGGUACCAGAGCAGUUUAGUAAUGCUAACAUUGAUCGGUCGCCUCAAAAUGAAGAUCACAGUGACACAGAUAGUGAAGAAAAUAGAGACAAUCAACAGUUUCUCACAACGGUAAAGCUUGUAAAUGCAAAGCAGACUACAGAAGAUGAACAGGCCAGAGAAGCUGGAAGCCACCAGAAGUGCAGCAAGUCUUGCCAUCCUGGGGAAGACUGUGCAAGUUGUCAGCAAGAGGAGAUAGACGUCGUGCCAGAGAGUCCAUUGUCAGAUGCUGGCUCUGAGGAUGUUGGUACUGGACCAAAAAAUGACAACAAAUUGAGUAGACAAGAAAGUUGCCUAGGAAAUUCUCCUCCAUUUGAGAAGGAAAGUGAACCCGAGUCACCGAUGGAUGUGGAUAAUUCUAAAAAUAGUUGUCAAGACUCAGAAGCAGAUGAGGAGACAAGUCCAGGUUUUGAUGAACAAGAAGAUGGUAGUUCCUCCCAAACAAAUAAACCUUCAAGGUUCCAAGCAAGAGACGCUGACAUUGAAUUUAGGAAACGGUAUUCUACUAAGGGAGGUGAAGUUAGAUUACAUUUCCAAUUUGAAGGAGGAGAGAGUCACACUGGAAUGAAUGAUUUAAAUGCUAAACUACCUGGAAAUAUUUCUAGCCUGAAUGUAGAAUGCAGAAAUUCCAGGCAACAUGGAAGAAAGGAUUCUAAAAUCACAGAUCAUUUCAUGAGACUGCCCAAAGCAGAGGACAGAAGAAAAGAACAAUGCGAAACCAAACAUCAAAGAACAGAAAGGAAGAUCCCUAAAUACGUUCCGCCUCACCUUUCUCCGGAUAAGAAGUGGCUUGGAACUCCUAUUGAGGAAAUGAGAAGAAUGCCUCGAUGUGGGAUCCGGCUGCCUCUCUUGAGACCAUCUGCCAAUCACACAGUAACUAUUCGGGUAGAUCUUUUGCGAGCAGCAGAAGUUCCUAAACCUUUUCCAACACAUUAUAAAGAUUCGUGGGAUAACAAGCAUGUUAAAAUGCCUUGUUCAGAACAAAAUUUGUACCCAGUAGAAGAUGAGAAUGGUGAGCGAACUGCGGGGAGCCGGUGGGAGCUCAUUCAGACUGCACUUCUCAACAAAUUUACACGACCCCAAAACUUGAAGGAUGCUAUUCUGAAAUACAAUGUGGCAUAUUCUAAGAAAUGGGACUUUACAGCUUUGAUCGAUUUCUGGGAUAAGGUACUUGAAGAAGCAGAAGCUCAACAUUUAUAUCAGUCCAUUUUGCCUGAUAUGGUGAAAAUUGCACUCUGUCUGCCAAAUAUUUGCACCCAGCCAAUACCGCUCCUGAAACAGAAGAUGAAUCAUUCCAUCACAAUGUCGCAGGAACAGAUUGCCAGUCUUUUAGCUAAUGCUUUCUUCUGCACAUUUCCACGACGAAAUGCUAAGAUGAAAUCAGAGUAUUCUAGUUACCCAGACAUUAACUUCAAUCGGUUGUUUGAGGGACGUUCAUCAAGGAAACCAGAGAAACUUAAAACGCUCUUCUGCUACUUUAGAAGAGUCACAGAGAAAAAACCUACUGGGUUGGUGACAUUUACAAGACAGAGUCUUGAAGAUUUUCCAGAAUGGGAAAGAUGUGAAAAACGCUUGACACGAUUGCAUGUCACUUACGAAGGUACCAUAGAAGAAAAUGGCCGAGGCAUGCUACAGGUGGAUUUUGCAAAUCGUUUUGUUGGAGGUGGUGUAACCAGUGCAGGACUUGUGCAAGAAGAAAUCCGCUUUUUAAUCAAUCCUGAGUUGAUUGUUUCACGGCUCUUCACUGAGGUGCUGGAUCACAAUGAAUGUCUAAUUAUCACAGGUACUGAGCAGUACAGUGAAUACACAGGCUAUGCCGAGACAUAUCGUUGGUCCCGGAGCCACGAAGAUGGGAGUGAAAGGGACGACUGGCAGCGGCGCUGCACUGAAAUCGUUGCCAUCGAUGCUCUUCACUUCAGACGCUACCUCGAUCAGUUUGUGCCUGAGAAAAUCAGACGCGAGCUGAACAAGGCUUACUGUGGAUUUCUCCGUCCUGGAAUUUCUUCAGAGAAUCUUUCUGCAGUGGCCACAGGAAACUGGGGCUGUGGUGCCUUUGGGGGUGAUGCCAGGUUAAAAGCCUUAAUACAGAUACUGGCAGCUGCUGCAGCUGAGCGAGAUGUGGUUUAUUUCACCUUUGGGGACUCAGAAUUGAUGAGAGACAUUUACAGCAUGCACAUUUUCCUUACUGAAAGGAAACUCACUGUUGGAGGCGUGUAUAAGCUGUUGCUACGAUAUUACAAUGAAGAAUGCAGAAACUGUUCCACCCCUGGACCAGACAUCAAGCUUUAUCCAUUCAUAUACCAUGCCGCCGAGUCCUGUGCAGAGACCGCUGACCAUUCAGGGCAAAGGACAGGGACCUGAGGAGCCGAACGAAUAGCAUAUCCUCCCAUCUCCCACCAGAGACGUCCUUUUGAGCUGUCAGGUGUAAUAUAUAAAUUGAUUUAAGUUAAUAUAAAUGUGUAUAUAAUUCACAUUUGUAGUCAAGGACGCAAUCUCUUCCACACAUAUGCAAUGGUCAGUUGAUACAUCUGAACCCCCUCCAUCCUGACUCACGUGGACUUAGAUAAGUUUCUAUUUUCUUCUAUUUCAGUUUUCAUUCUUUGAUGUUUAUUUCUUUUGUCCAUCAGUUCUCUUGUGAAAUCCCAUGGAAGGUUGUGCUCAGCCUGUCGGGUCUCUUUCUUCCUGCCCAUAUAUUAUACCAAUUGCUUCUGCAGCCCACAGAUGCCAGCAAUGCCAGGAAGCAAGUUGAAAUCCAGGAAUCUCUUUAACUGAUUUUGCUAAAAAUCUCCCUGUAAGCCUUCCACUCAACUCUUAAUAGGCUUGCAUUGUUUAAGUUUUUAAAUUCUGAAAAUUAAUAAUUAGGGGUUUUCUUCAUAUAUGUUGCAUAAUGCAAACCUCCUAGAUUAAAAUAGUUUCUUUAUUUAAGAUAGAAUAAUUUCCAGAAAUUGUCCUUUUGAGAUAAUCACUUUUAUCUAUAAUGGUUUGUCUGUCUUUUUUCUUCUGAUCAGUUUUUUUUAUACCAGUUUUGGAAACUGACUGAGAUGAAAGGAAAUGUGGAAUAAAAGGGGAUUUUCCUGAUGUGGUGUAAAGAAAACAGAUUCGAGAGGAUUGAAGAUUUUUUUUUUGUUUCUUGGUACUUUUUUCUUUUUAAAUUAGGACUAAUGUUUCUUUUGUGGUGCUUGAGGCAUAUUCAUAUAACCAAAGUUUGGGAACUGGGAACUUCAUGCUGAUUUGUACAUAAUGAAGUUUCUCAGGUAUUCAAAGGUUAUAUAGUGAAUAAAUUUUCAUUAAUAAAUCACUUUGUCAGAAACUCCCAUAUCAUCUAUAUUUUAUAUAUGUAUAUAUAAACAUAUGCUCUUUAAGUGUGUCUGUAUGUGAGCACAUAAAAUCUAAAUAAAACUGGACUGGUGGGAAACAAUUAGG